UAUAAUUUUAAUUAUGGAUGAUGACUACGAUGACGAUGACGAACAUGAAUUCGUCGCCAAAAAGGUAGAGAUUAUAGCUCAGAAUGCCAUCAAUUCAGUGGUCCAAGGCGAGCAAAUCACAUAUGCCAAAGAGAAAGUUAAUGACUGGUGAAGACAGAUUAUAGAAGGAUGUCUCAAGGAACUAGCAAAACUAGAGAAAAUGUUUAAAUACGUUGUUACAUGAAUUAUUCAGCAGAAAAAUGGGUGAGGGCUUCAAACAGCAGCCACAGCGUAUUGGAAAGAUGAUACUGAUGGCCUGAUUGGUGUAGAAGUUGAGACUCCAACCUUCUCUUGCAUUGUCACAAUCUUUGCUAUUAGCAUAUAAGCUU